CCCAGAAUUUAAUAAAUAAAUAUAAAACUUCCACUAGGAGGAGCCGCUCGGAGCUGARUUCGCUUUGCUACACACAGUCGGCGUUUUCGCUUUUGGAAACCGGGAAACUCCGACGCUUCAUGAAGCURUAAAAUAUAAAGAAAUGGUUAAAAUAGCCUUGCGGAUAUGAAUAUGGGACGUUCUAGAUACGCUUGAGAUGAUCAGGCGUGAAAAACGUACGUUGUUCUGGACGAGGAGGUUCGUCGGAUUUGAAGCUCUUAACUUUUGACAGCGAGCUAACGCUAAGCUAAGCUAAGGCUAGCCGGAUAAAUGCUAACGCUAAGCUAAGGCUAGCCGGAUAAAUUAAAUAUUACCUUUUUGAAGAGUUACUCGUGUGGCGACCAAAGAGCUGACAUUAUUUUUGUUAUUUUGUGUUUAAUGUAAUAGUGUGCCUUGCCGCAAUGAGGAGGUAAAUGUAUUUUUGCUACGUUUACACCCCCCGGCUAAUUUGCUACGGCUAGCUUGCUCGUAUGCUAGUUAACGUUACCGGGUCAGACGGCAACUUCAGUAGCAGAGUUUCGGGGAGCUAGAGACUCUGCCGUCGCUCCUCUGCUGCCAAAAGAAGCCACUCCGCCAUCAUGUUUCAAAUGGAAACGCACGUAUCGUGCCUUUUCCCUGAAAUCCUGGCCAUCAUUUUCAGCUACUUGGACGUUAAAGACAAAGGAAGAGURGCCCAAGUGUGCGCGGCCUGGAGGGACGCGUCCUACCACAAAUCGGUGUGGAGGGGGGUUGAAGCCAAGCUCCAUCUGCGGCGAGCCAACCCGUCUCUGUUCCCCAGUCUGCAAACCAGAGGGAUCAAAAAAGUCCAGAUACUCAGCCUGAGACGAAGUCUGAGCUACGUGAUCCAAGGGAUGCCGCACAUUGAAAGCCUGAACCUGUGCGGCUGCUUCAACCUCACCGACAAUGGACUGGGACAUGCCUUUGUGCAGGACAUCCCGUCCCUGCGGGUCCUCAACCUCAGCCUGUGCAAGCAGAUCACGGACUCCAGCCUGGGCCGGAUCGCCCAGUACCUGAAGAACCUGGAGGUGCUCGAGCUCGGCGGGUGCAGCAACAUCACGAACACGGGCCUGUUGCUGGUGGCGUGGGGCUUGCACCGACUCAGGAGCCUCAACCUGCGCAGCUGCAGGCACGUGUCGGACGUGGGCAUCGGUCACCUGUCCGGGAUGACCCGCAGCGCCGCGGAGGGCUGCCUGUCUCUGGAGAAACUGACCCUGCAGGACUGCCAGAAGCUGACAGACCUCUCCCUCAAGCACGUGUCGAAGGGCCUGGGCAAGCUCAAAGUGCUCAACCUCAGCUUCUGUGGGGGGAUUUCAGAUGCAGGGAUGAUCCACYUGUCACAGAUGAGCCAGCUGUGCAGCCUGAACCUGCGCUCCUGUGACAACAUCAGUGACACGGGGAUAAUGCACCUGGCUAUGGGCUCCCUCCGCCUGUCUGGACUUGACGUGUCCUUCUGUGACAAGAUAGGAGACCAGAGCCUGGCUUACAUCGCCCAGGGGCUGUAUCAGCUCAAAUCUCUGUCUCUGUGCUCCUGUCACAUCAGCGACGAUGGCAUCAACAGGAUGGUGCGCCAGAUGCACGAGCUCAAGACUCUGAACAUCGGACAGUGUGUUCGAAUCACRGACAAAGGCUUGGAGUUGAUCGCUGACCACUUGACCCAGCUGACGGGGAUCGACCUGUACGGCUGCACUAAGAUCACAAAGAGGGGUCUGGAGAGGAUAACGCAGCUCCCGUGCCUUAAAGUUUUAAACCUCGGACUCUGGCAAAUGACUGAGAGUGAAAAAGUGAGGUGACAGUUUCUCACCAACACACCUCAUUGUGUAUAGCUCUCUGUUGUGUAUUAUGAAGGACUGCCUGUGUCCGUUUUUAGUUUUAGCAUCCGUACAGGAACUAAAACCAAGGAGGGACACACUCUGCAGCAAUACUUCACUUUUAAUCUGUAUUUCAGUCUCGUUAAAUCCCAGCUACCUCACUCAUUGUUCAGAGUGCCUACUUUUGUUGAAUACUGUAUUAAACUGUAUAUUUUUGUGACCCGUACCAGUAUAGAUAUGUGUUUACAUUCAGAACACAAAGGCAGAAGUUUGUUUAGAAGUUUAGAUUCUUUUCGUUUUGUGUUGAACGACUGUUGCUGACAAAAUUGUACUUCAAAUUGAAGUGAGUCACCCCCGUCUGUGUUUACACGUGUACAGAUUUUAAGAAAACAUCUUAAGUGAUUAAUAUAUCAGGUUCAUCAACACAGCUACAGUACCAAUAUGCAAUACCGAAAAUUGAUCAGGAUUUUUUUCUCUUCUGAGGAGCUUUCAUUGAUAUUUGCAGGACGUUUUUGUACAAGAAAGCAGUAAUUUAAGAUGUUUUAUAUUCAUACAAUAGUGAUAUUUAUGAAUAAAGAUUAUAAAUGUUUCAAA